CCCAGACUUGAAGGGGUGGCCUGUCCUCUUCUGGCUGUGCUAGCACCACGGAGCUGUCCAGGUGAAGCGCCCAAUAACCAGAUUUCUGGAUACUUUUUACCAAGAGCGAAAACAGCCAUGUCAUCAUUGGAUAACAGACACAUUUGGGACACGUAUGAAACAUCUCAGAAAAGGGAUUUCAUCUAUCGACCCAAUUCAUCAACAACGGCUUUACGACCUACGACAACAAACGCCUAUAGAAACUCUCAUGCACUAGCUGGUCCAUUAGGCUCCACUGGAUACACAGAGGAAUUAUUUUGGAAGCCAGUCGUUAAACCUGAAUCCAUCCGCACAGAUACAGCUUCUGGGAACAGGAGAAACAACCCGCAUCCCAGUGAGUCCUUCAUGGUGUGGCAGCUCCCUAAGGGCCUUAAACAGAGCUCUGCUGAUGGCUGGUCCUCCAGGAAAAGUCCCCCUUCUGAAGAAGAGUUUCGGACCGCCCUGACCGCCCAGUACCGCUCCACUUACCAGACUGACUUCCUGGGUUUGGCUCAAGGGUGUCACCCAUUUCAUGCCCCAAUAAACUGCAAACGCAAAGUCCCUAACUACACACUGGCAGAGAUGAGGCAUAACUACCGUCAGCCCAGGUUAUGGUCUGAGUUGCAGGACAAUAUGUCUCGCUAUAGCUGCAACGCACUGCAUGGGGUGGCUCUGAGGGGUAUAGUGCCAACUGUGAUUCAUCGUCACAUCCACAACCAGGAGAACUGGACCCAGUUGACUACAUAUGACAGACACUUCGGAGGGAAAACAGUGGAUGUUUCGGCCGUACUCUGCUCUCUACAACCCCAAGAGCUUCAAGAGUUCUGCAAACAUCUGCCUGGGAAAGAUAAGGAGACUGUGCAGAAAUUUUUGCACAGAGCACCUCUUGCUGACCAAUUGAAGACAGGGCCAAAACCCCCAAUCCAACCUCUUAUAUUACCCAGGCCAGAGUGGAUGUCUGGCUGGCCUGGACCCCUGUGAUACUACCUGUAGAAUUCCAUUAUAUGACAACAGUAGUCUGGUCAACAAGCGCCUCUGUAGAGCUGUAUGGACAAGUGUUUAUGGAGUGUUUUUGCUGUGUUGUUUGCCUUGAUAUGUCAGAAAAUAAAGCCAGUGGAUGUAAUGCAACAAUACAUCAGUUUACGCAUACUA